AGUUUAGACAGCGUAUCUCGUCAGAAAAACGAAGGCGUAAGUCUGAAAAGAGACUCGGUGUCAGACCAACCAUUUUACAGCGGAGGAUACAUUUAAGAUAUAUUUUCUAUUUAUUUUGUUUUGCUUUAGCUUGUCACUGGCUAAUCAUGGCAUUCCGGAUCUGUUUGACUGUCCUGACAACUGCCGUCAUCGCACAGGUGACCGCUCGCUGCCCAGCGGCGUGCCACUGCCCGUCGACCCCCCCGCUUUGCCCGGCUGGUGUGAGCGCUGUGCUGGACGGAUGUGGCUGUUGCAAGGUGUGUGCGGCACAGCUGAACCAGGACUGCAGCGCCGCGAGGCCGUGCGACCACCACAAAGGGCUGGAGUGUAAUUAUGGCAAUGAUGUGAGCGUGGCCUGGGGCAUCUGUCGAGCCAAAUCGGAGGGACGCACGUGCGAGUACAACGGCAGGAUCUACCAGAACGGCGAGAGCUUCCGCGCCGGCUGCAAACACCAGUGCAGCUGCAUCGACGGCGCCGUUGGCUGCGCUCCGCUCUGCGACAGCCGGCUGCCGCCGGCGUCGCCCGCCUGCCCCAACCCGCGGCCGGUCCGGGUCCCUGGACAGUGCUGCCUCAGCGUGCACUGCCACAAAGGCACCUGGGGCCUCGCACCGCGUCCGGUGCCUCCACAACAACACCAGCCCAGACCUCAUGGCCGUCCUGAACCACAGCACCUUGACAACGACCUGGAUCUGGCUGACAAACGUGAAGAGGUCACGUCCAGCGUCUGGGAGGAGGAACGCAGUUACAAACAUCUGGCCACGUGGAGCCGCCUGAGAAAGAAGAAGUGUCCCGUUCAGACGACUAACUGGUCCCAGUGCUCCCGCAGCUGUGGGAUGGGCGUUUCGUCUCGCAUCACCAACAAGAACCCCCAGUGCAAACCGGAGAGGGAGACGAGGCUCUGCACCGUUCGCCCGUGUCGCACCCCAACUCACGACGCCAAGCCGCACAAAUGGAGCACGCGGUCCGCGACGCGGCGGUCCGCGGAGCCCGCGCGCCUGCCGUACGGCGAGUGCGAGAGCGCGCGCCUCUUCCGGCCCAGCUACUGCGGCGCGUGCGCGCGCGGCGGCUGCAGCCUGCCGCGGCGCACGCGCACCGCGCCCGUGACCUUCGUGUGCCCGGACGGCGGGCGCUUCCAGAGGUCCGUCAUGUUCAUCCAGUCGUGCAAAUGCAGCGACGACUGCGGCCUCCUGAACGAAGUGGCCCUGCCGCCGCAGCACUGGAUGCACGGCGACACGCACAAGUUCACCGACUAGCACGGAGGAGACCUUGUUCCUCUCAAUACGAUGAGUUUUACCUUCUUGACGACGAGGAGCCAUUUCCGUCGUGUGGCUCUAAGUGAGUGAAGCCCAGCUUCCGGUUCAUUAACCCCUAUUAGAAUCUGUGUGACCGAAGUGGACUCUACACUCGCCUGGCUGUUCGAAAAGACAUGGGACCCGAGCACGAGCCCUGCGGCACGGACGUCCCUCAUUUCUGCAGCGGCUGCUGGAUCACGUGGAGGGUUUUCGAAAAAACACAAGAGCACUUUACAGUGAACUAAAACUACACCAGCGUGGCAACAACAAUACGCCGCGAUGGUAAUGACUGUGGCGAGCAGCAAGAAUUUCUUUUGCAGCUUAAUAGAAUAUAUGGGCAGUUUUCAACAUGAUGGAAAAAUCUGCACAUCGUACGCUUAUAAAAACUGAGCCUUGAGCUUUUUUGUGCCAAAGUGAUUUUGAACAUUUUCCAUCUAACCCACAAUUAAAUUAUAUCGAAGUGAAACAACUAUUAGCAACAAACGGACCAAUGCCAAGACUUUUCCCCUGAUUUCCUUUAAAGCUUAAAUAAGCUUUAAAUGUAGCUUAAAGAAUUGUCUUACAGAGAUGUCUCAUUUUCCUUUAUGUCCAUCCUUUUUAUGUUUAUCCUUUUCUGGAGCUUGAGAAACUACAGUGCUGCUGUCACAAGUUUCAUCUAUGUGAAAUGUGGCUAAUGAGCUCAAGUUUCAUGAGGUUGUAUUUUAACUCCUUGUUCAGUUUCAGCCAAGUACAAUGGCGCCCCCUGCCUGUAAAAACAAUCACCUACAGCCAAAAGUGUUGAAUGUUUUACAAAACUCUAAUGAUUUUUGUUUUAAUGUGACGCUGGAUCUACAUGCGCACAAGAAACUCCAACACCAUCAAAUGAGAUAUAAAAAAGUUUAUUAACCAAAACAA